ACAUCUUUCUCGCAACCAAAAACUACGCCUUCUACACUCGGGCAGGCAAAGAAUCAAUCCACCCAUUUUCCCUCCAUGUCUGUUGCCCUGAGCUUCGGGUCGGCGCAUAUCAUCAAUUCCCCAUGCGUUCAAUCCAUUCUUGCACUUACGGCUGUCUCGUACAGCUGGCGCGCGGACGGCACCCCCCCUUCGCGAACGAAAUGGUACCGACAAAGGAUGGCGGCUGUUGGUAAUACCUCCGUCUCCUGGACCUACGCAGCGUUGCUUGCUACUGCACUAGCCCUAGUGCGCGGGCUGCUACGCCAAUCCAGAUAGCGGCGCAUCUGAGACCGCUCGACUUGUUUCGUCCGAACUCGAUGAUCGACAACACGACGUUCCAUGUACACAGUAGACAACCAACCACUCUUCUCGCCAACACUUUUUAGUGCUCGACAUUACGAAAUAGCUUGUUCCCUCCAAUCUUUCAACCAACGGAAUCCGUAUGAUCUCGCUGUCCGCACUUUUGCACAUUAUCGAUAUGGCGCCAACGAGAAAGAAUGGUGUCGCCCUGUUGGGAGCACCAGGCGUCUCGCACAGCACAUCAGACGACACCGUGAUUGAGCAGCGUUUUCUAGCUCCACGCAUCAGCCGUUCUUUGGACCACUACCACUGCAAACGACCAUCCAUCCGAACUUCCUCGCCAACAUCAUCGUCAACACGCGCGAUGUAUUUCACGACCGUGAGAUCAUUCCACGCGAUUAUACUUCCUGUCAUUACGUUAGUUGUCUCCGGGCGCCCUCCAACAAACGCCUUCCACAUGAACAGCUCCCCAACGCUGCCGCUUUACCCGUUGGCCGCCGUGCCGCUCGGCGUGAACCAACUGGGAUUUCGUGCGCACAUCGAGACAAAGAUCGUGGUUGUUUGCCAUACCUCCGUCCACUCACCCAGCGAGUCGGGAAAGAUACAAGAUACACAGGCAAGACAAGGAAAGAUACCAGUCCAAGGGAGAGCGAUACGCCGAUGGUUAGGACUUGAAUGGAUACCGUUAUGUGCCCGCUCUGGUCAUCCGUUCGAUUUCUGCCUUCUAGUUUCUCCAUUUCGCCGUGCUUGUCGUCCUUCUCCUGAUCUAAGGUAAUUGAUGACACCAUGAAGGAUAUAUUUGACCUUGCCAAAAUCCUCACGACCACUUCGGAUCCUAGCUCAGCCUAUACUCGACCCUCCCUGACUUCACUCGACCCCAUAGAAUUUGCAGCGACAUUUUAGCCAGGAUGGAUUGGCUCAAAACCGAAUUGGGCAC